AUCUCGACCAAAUUCUGUUUUCGUUUCGUGUAAAGUUUUACCCUGCAGAUCCAUUUCGGCUGACAUAUCAUGGGCGCAUUAUGUUGUAUCAGCAGUUGAAACGAGAUCUACGACAUGGACGUAUAUAUUGCUCAAUAGGAGAAGCUGCAGCACUGGGAUCACUCAUUGUCCAGGAAGAACUUGGGGAUUACAACGAAGAAAUUCACAAUGAAAACUACGUUGCGUCAAUGAGCCUGGCCUUACGUCAAACGGAAUCACUUGAAAGAAAAAUUAUGGAGCUUCAUAAGAAACGUGUACCAGGACAAAACACCCGUGAAGUAAUAAAUGAAUUUUUAAGUAUUGUAAGCGGCUUAGAAACGUAUGGAAUAGAUCCCCAUCCUGUAAAGGAUCAUCGAGGUUCCCAAUUGUACAUUGGUAUCAACUAUUCCGGUAUAAGCACAUUUAUUUGCGGCAAACGUUCGCAACAUUUCCGUUGGAAUGAAGUGCAAAAAAUUAAUUUCGAAGGCAAGAUGUUCAUUGCUCAUUUAAGUUACACCGAUGCAAGUAGAGAAGCGAAAAAACAUACGGUUGGAUUUAAAUGUGCAAACAAUAGUACGUGCCGAUAUUUGUGGAGGUGUGCUUUGGAACAAAUGUUGUUUUUUACUCUUCCUAACAGUCAAAAUGCAGCAGUCGUGUCCGGUGGUGGUUUCUUUUCAUGGGGAACUAAAUUCAAAUAUACUGGCCGAACUGAACGUGAAAUACUCACGGAGAGCAUCAACGCCCUGCGCGAACAAAAAUUAAAUAAUUCAUCAACAAACAAAAGGAAGGCUAGUAGCGUCCCUGCAACUCCUUCUAGUCCUCCAGGUGACUUUGAACAAAUAAGAUAUAGCAGUUUACCUCGAUCUACGAUGUCGGAACCAUUGACGUAUAACCAGAUGGCUGGGAAUGAAUGUCCAAGUAACCUUAUCGUAUAUAAAGGUCAGGGAUACGAUGACAAUGAUACACCUAUAAUACAGCUCCCAUGCCUUGAGUCUGUUUCUGAGGAAUCGAAACUAUUAUAUUCUUCCAAAUACAACACAGUCAAUCCGGAUAACUUUGCAUACUAUUUAAGAUCGGAUGAUAACAUCAUAUAUACAUCCCCUACAUCAGGCGCCUCGAGAUCUUUUGACAGCGAGCGUCGUCAGAAAACUACUUUGGAUGUCUAUAAUUCGGAUUCGCAAACUUUUUUACGCAAGCAGUGUGCCACUGAUAAAAUAUUAAUGACAGCUUUUGCUAUUUUGGUAAUAGAGUCAAAGUCUAAUUUACUUCAGAAGGUACGGAACUUACCAGAAAUGGUUAGUUUGCGAUAUCAAUAUUAUCAGCCGUUGAAAGAAUAUAUAUUAAGUAAAUUGGGAAUAAAAAUUUAG